AUGUCUUCCAAAGUGGCUAACUUCUUCCACAGACUGCCCAAACAUAGUCACAUUCAAGAGAUGGACAUCGCAGAUAUUUCACAGACGAUGGAAAACGUUCUGAUUCUGUCAAACAUGAUGGACGUGGACAACUCUUUCCAACUCAACCUGACUCGUAACCAGCUCAACAAGGAGAAUAUUACACCAUUGAAUUCCCCAAGCAAGUCGAUUUUGCACAACUCUCCACAACUUCAUCACAAAGGUCUGUCUCGUUUUCCAUACUCACCUUCUCCUCAAGAUCAAGCUGUCAAUAUUCAACAGAACAUCAACCAGCUCCAGCCACCCCUUAGUCAAAGAUACAAGCUCUCGCAAGAGGAGUUCCAUAAGAAGGCCAACAGUCCCAAGACAAAACGUUUAGCUUCUGUAGCCCAGUUGUACUUUCUUGACUACUACUGUGACAUGUUUGACUAUGUCAUCAGCAGAAGAGAGCGAACUAAGUUGGUUGAACAGAAGUUACUCAACGAUCCCAGCUUUAGUAGCAACCCUCAGAGACAACAACUUGAGUGGAAAAACUACGUAGGCAGAGAGCGAGCUCUUUUGCGUAAAAGAAGAUUGAAGCCCAAACACAAGGACUUUGAGAUGAUCACGCAGGUGGGCCAGGGUGGAUAUGGCCAAGUGUUUUUAGCCAGAAAGAAAGACACCAGAGAGAUAUGUGCACUCAAAGUGUUGAACAAGAAGUUGUUGGUCAAGUUAGAUGAAACUAGACACGUUUUAACAGAAAGAGACAUCUUGACCAACACCCGUAGUGAAUGGCUUGUCAAGUUAUUAUAUGCUUUUCAGGAUCCGGAGAAGGUGUUUUUGGCAAUGGAGUUUGUACCUGGUGGGGAUUUCAGAACCUUGUUGAACAAUACCGGCUACUUGAUUCCGCCACACGCUCGUUUCUACAUGAGCGAGAUGUUUGCUGCAGUCAACUCUUUGCACGAGCUUGGUUUCACUCAUCGUGACUUGAAACCAGAAAACUUCUUGAUUGACUCUAAGGGUCAUAUAAAAUUGACCGACUUUGGAUUGGCUGCUGGAACUGUUUCCAACGACAGAAUUGAGAGUAUGCGCCUCAAGUUGAGGAACUUACAAGACUUGGACAACUACCAGUUACCGUCGCAUUUGAUGUACGAAAGACAGAAGCUUUUCAAACAAAGUCAGGGACACCAUAAUCUUGCCAACUCCAUUGUAGGAUCGCCCGACUAUAUGGCUCUUGAGGUGUUGGAAGGUAAGAACUAUGACUACACCAUCGAUUACUGGUCAUUGGGAUGUAUGUUGUUUGAAGCUUUGUGCGGAUAUCCUCCAUUCUCUGGAUCUAAACAGGACGAGACCUACUAUAACUUGAAGCAUUGGAAAACGGCCUUGAGAAGACCUCAAACCAAAGACGGUAGAUACGUGUUCAGUGAUAGAACAUGGAACUUGAUUACAAAAUUGAUCAAUUCGCCUACACAACGUCUCAGAACCUUCAAACAGAUCCAACAACAGAGCUACUUCGGCGAUAUUAAGGACUGGGACAAGUUGAGAGACAGAACUCCUCCAUUCACACCACAACUUGAUAAUGAAGAAGAUGCUGGUUAUUUUGACGACUUUGAAGACGCUGAAAUGAUGAUGAAGUACAAAGAUGUCUUUGCCAGGCAAGAGCAGAACGAGUCUUUAUUAGAGAAAUCGUCUGGCCAAGGAAGAAAGGUCUUGGGUCAGAACAACUUCAUCGGUUUCACUUUCAAGCAUAAGUCCAACCCCAACAACAAGUUUGCUAAUGGCGAGAUCAACCUUUUGAACUUUUCGUCGAACAGCAAUGCCAGAGGAAAUAGAUUGGAUCCUUUGGCCACUUUGUACUAGUGGGGAUUUGGUCUGUGUAGUUUAUUGCGAUGGUUUGUUGGGUCUUCUUUCAUUAUUUUAUCAUUUAUCAUAAUUAUUUCUUAGAACAUUGCUGUUGGUUAUUCAUAUAGCUGUAAGAUAUAUUUAGCUAUUACAGAAAGUUAUAAAUAUAAAGAGUAUUUCUAUAUAAAUGAAUAUACUAUUUGUCUAUUCGACCUCAUUUGAACCAG